UCUUAUAUCAUGUGUAUGGUGACAUUCAGCAUAUAAAAAAGAAAUUCCUGCAGAAAUUAAAUAGUACUGCAUCUUCAUUUAUAUUUGAAUCUUCUUCCUUAGUUUCUUGAAGCUGCGUGUGCACAACUAAUUGUCUUAAGACAUUCAUCGAUUGAUACUAGAAAUUAUUAAAAUUUAAAUGCAGUUUGUUUCUUGAAAUAUCUAAACAGAAUCCAUCUGUCUUUGGUGUAUACUUUUGCUAGAAAUUGAAAUUUCUUGACUAAUUUUUUGGGGGAAAUGAGUAUCCAGAGGGCUGAACAAACUCAUGCAUAUCACAACAGUGAAUUUGCAACUGAUUACAAUUUAGAAUUCCAACAGAAUAUUGAUCAACAGAAAUCUUCAUCAUGCUUGGAAUUUUGUUUUCAGCCAGGAACUUCUGCAGAAAAUUGCUGCCAACAGAUAUCUGAUUCAUCAUCAGGAACAAUCAUAAGCCGAAUCGCGUCACCACCUUCAGCUUUUUUUACUACAGAGAGAUUAAUACAAUAUGAAUACCAAGACAAUAGUUGUCAACUGUCCAAGUAUAAUGAUGCUCAAUUACCAUCAUAUCCUCAACGCGAUUUUCCCAAGAUUUCAAUGCCAACAUUCAUCAGAUCACAGUUGUCAAACAGUCAACCCCUUGGUCCUGAGGAAGCCUAUGGAAAUCCUUUCAGCAAUCUAUCGGAGAAAGAGAGAAUAGUGUUUCUUAAGAGUAAGUUGCUUGAAGAAUUUGAUUCUUCAAACAAGCAACCUUCAAUGCCAGUUUUCCAUGGAAAUCAAGAUUAUGGUCAGCUCUCCAAUAAUUUUUGUGGUUUUAACUUGGUACAAUCUGGAAGUCCAUCAGCUAAUAAUGUUAAUAACUCUGGAGGAUCAUUAUCGAACAAGACACGAAUCAGGUGGACUCAACAUCUCCACGAUCGAUUUGUUGAGUGUGUAAAUCGUCUUGGAGGAGCUGACAAGGCAACGCCAAAGGCAAUAGUAAAGCUGAUGGAUUCAGAAGGCUUAACCAUUUUUCAUGUAAAAAGCCAUCUGCAGAAAUAUCGAAGUGCAAAGUACAUCCCUGAAUCAGCAGAAGGGAAAUCUGAAAAGAUGGAUAGCCCGAAUAAUGUGACACAGAUCAACAGCAAAACCGGGAUGCAAAUCAAGGAAGCACUGAAUAUUCAGCUAGAAGUCCAGAGGCGUCUUCACGAGCAACUAGAGAUUCAGCACAAGUUACAAAUGAGGAUUGAAGAACAAGGAGAGCAAUUGAAGAAGAUGUUUGAUCAACAACAAAAGACAAGCAGGAGCCUAUUGGAGACACGAAAUUCAAGCAUUACAUCUCCUGUUGAUUCAUUCAACCCACAUGAAGAGGAAGAUGAAGUUCACGUUGCAGACAGCUUCGAAUUCUCAUCUAAAAUAAGUUACAAUGACAUGGCAACUGCAUCAAUUUGAUGUUACCAUUUAUCAUGGAAGCAUAUGCAUUAGUAGUCAUGACUUUAAUUUCUA